AUGAAAUUGUACGGAAUAAAUCACCUACACACCACGUCGUAUCACCCGCAAGCCAACGGUCUCGUCGAACGUUUACAUCGUCAGCUGAAAUCAGCACUUUUGUGUCAUCAAGAGUCGUGGUAUGACGCAUUACCAGCCGUUUUGCUCGGCUUACGCGUUGCCUGUAAAGACGACAUACAGACGACAUCGGCUGAAUUAGUAUACGGUGAACCUAUCCGACUACCCGGUGAGUUACUUACUCCCACUAAAAAAACUACGCCUCAUGACAUCGUCAAUACUCUAAAACGUCAUUUUAACUUAUUGGCACCGGCUGAAAUGUCGCAUCACGGCAAGCAUUCUGCUUUCUGUUUCAGGAACCUUAGUAUUUGCAGCCACGUACUGGUACGGAAUGACCAGAUCAAACCAUCUUUCUCGCCGCCGUACAAGGGUCCAUAUCGUGUAAUAACUCGACACGAUAAAUACUUUAUUGUCGAAUAUCGAGGACUGCAAAUCGUCAUUCCAAUAGACAGAUUGAAGCCGGUUUACGAGGCAAAUUCAGUCAACACGGCGACGAUGAUAGCGAACUCCCAGCCGAAUAACACAGCAACCGAGACCAAAAAACGCCGAGUCCGGUUUAACAUUUGA